AUUAAAACCACAAAUCACUCGCCGAAACCCUCGCUCAUGUCGCCCCUACCUCCCGGUUUUGUCCUAAAACCACGGGAUCGCGGCUUACAGAGACCACCGAAGCUCGAAUCUCUCUCAUCCUUCCUCUCCGCUCUACCAUAAACCUCUGAGGAAGUCUCAGCACAGGACAAAGAAUCUUCUCCCCCCUGCUCGUGUCAAAGCCUUACUUUUUUCCCAUAGAUCGAGGCCAAUCAAUCCAAGGGUUUAUCUCCUCGCGUGGUUGUGACAUUUUUUUUCCCUCCAGCAAGUGAUUCAUUGGCUCGGCUCAAGUUCGGUGAGGUCCCUGCGAUGGUGAUCCGCGACGAGAAAGGUGGUGAGUUGCAUCCGCUCGAUCUGUUUCUAUCCAUUGGAUUGGAUAAGCGGACGGCGGAGAACGCUCUUGUCAACCCCAAAGUCACUUCCAACCUCACCGCCGUCAUCAAGGAGGCAUGUGUUGUUGAUGGAUGUAGCAAGGCUGUCGGAAAUCUUUUGUACACGGUUGCGACGAAGUUCCCUCCAAAUGCACUAAAACAUCGGCCAACUUUACUUGAAUAUAUUGUUACAUUAAAGAUAAAAUCCUCUGCCCAACUAGAUGCAGCCUUUACAUUUCUUGUGAAUGUUGGGCCUGAUAAUUAUCAAUUGAAAGACUUUGAAGAAGCCUGCGGUGUAGGGGUUGAGAUCUCCUUGGAAGAAGUUAAAUCUGCAAUUAAUGCAGUGUUGGACGAAAAUAUGGAUGCUAUCUUGGACCAACGUUAUCGUAUAAAUGUUGGCAACCUAUGUGGACAAGUUAGGAAGAAACAGCCUUGGGGUGAUGCUAAGAUUGUCAAGGAAGUAAUUGAUGCGAGACUUAAUGAGAUACUCGGCGAGAAGACAGCAGAUGAUGACAUAAAGCCAUUGAAAAAGAAGAAGGAAAAGCCUGUAAAGGAUCAACCUGGUAAUGCUGGUACUGCUGUCCCACUGCCUGAAGAGGAGUUAAACCCUUUUUUGAUAUUUCCUCAACCCGAGGAGAACUCAAAGGUUCAUACGGAGAUAUUCUUUAGCAACGGGGAAAUAUGGAGAGCUCACAAUCCGAAGGAAAUGUUGGAGAAGCACCUGAAGAUAACUGGGGGAAAAGUUUUUACUCGUUUUCCUCCCGAACCAAAUGGAUAUCUUCACAUUGGCCAUGCCAAGGCCAUGUUUAUUAACUUUGGUUUAGCUGCAGAGAGAAAUGGGUUGUGUUAUUUGCGGUUUGAUGAUACCAAUCCUGAAGCUGAAAAGAAGGAAUAUAUUGACCAUAUCCAGGAAAUAGUUCAGUGGAUGGGCUGGCAGCCAUUCAAGGUCACAUAUUCCAGUGAUUACUUUCAAGAACUAUAUGAUCUUGCCGUUGUGCUCAUAAAGAAAGGUCUAGCAUAUGUUGAUCACCAGACCCCGGAAGAGGUUAAGGAGUUUAGGGAGAAGAAAUUAAACAGUCCUUGGAGGGAUCGGCCUAUUUCCGAAUCAUUAAAACUUUUUGAUGACAUGAGAAGGGGUUUGAUCGAGGAGGGAAAGGCAACUCUUCGAAUGAAACAAGACAUGCAGAGUGAAAAUAAGAAUAUGUAUGAUCUAAUAGCAUACCGAAUAAAGUUCAUUCCUCAUCCACAUGCUGGUGACAAGUGGUGUAUCUAUCCUAGUUAUGAUUAUACUCACUGCAUAGUGGACUCUCUUGAGAACAUUACACAUUCUCUCUGCACGCUUGAAUUUGAGAUUCGUCGUCCUUCGUAUUAUUGGUUACUUAUGGCAUUGGAUAUCUACCAACCACAUGUCUGGGAAUAUUCGCGGUUAAACAUUUCGAAUACAGUGAUGUCUAAGCGUAAGUUGAAUCGUUUGGUCACGGAAAAGUGGGUCGAUGGAUGGGACGAUCCUCGUCUAAUGACUCUAGCCGGGUUGCGACGGCGAGGAGUUUCUUCGACUGCUAUAAAUUCCUUUAUUCGUGGAAUUGGAAUUACAAGAAGUGACAAUAGCAUGAUACGUCAUGAUCGUCUCGAAUAUCACAUUAGAGAAGAGCUUAACAGAACUGCACCACGAGCAAUGGUAGUCUUGAAUCCUCUUAAGAUUGUUAUCACAAAUCUUGAUUCUGAAUCACAAAUGAGCCUUGAUGCAAAGAUGUGGCCUGAUGCUGCUUCAGAUGAUGCAUCCUCCUUCUACAAGGUUCCUUUCACUAACGUAGUUUACAUCGAAAGAACGGAUUUUCGUCUCAAGGACUCAAAAGAUUACUAUGGGUUCGCUCCUGGAAAAACUGUUUUGUUAAGAUAUGCUUUCCCCAUAAAAUGCACAGAAGUAAUAUAUGGUAAAGAUUCUGAAUCUAUUGUGGAGAUCAGAGCUGAGUAUGAUCCACUUAAGAAAAAUAAACCAAAGGGUGUUCUUCAUUGGGUAGCUCAGCCUAAUCCGGGAGUUGAACCACUCAAAGUGGAAGUAAGGAUAUUUGAUAAGUUAUUCCUUUCUGAGAAUCCAGCUGAAUUGGAAAACUGGCUUGAUGAUUUGAAUCCAGCUUCCAAGGAGGUGAUAUCAGAAGCAUAUGCUGUGCCCUCUCUUGCUAGUGCUGUAGUGGGAGACAAAUUUCAGUUUGAGCGGCUUGGCUAUUUUGCUGUGGAUACAGACUCAACGACAGAGAAGCUUGUGUUUAAUAGGGUCGUUACUCUUCGUGAUACCUACUCCAAAGCCGGUAAUAAGUAAAAACUAGCUUUGGUUCAUCCUUUUUAUACCAAUAGUGCAUGUAGUUUAAUAGAUGAAAAAAAAUGAAAAUAUUGAAAUUGUGAUGGUCUUUUCUGGAAAAUGGAAAACAUGCAGAUUAUUGUAAU